AGACCCUGUGAACACGACAACUCACGCUUGUCGCAGCGCGCGGGACUCACUCGCGUCUCCCGCAGGUAUAUUGGCAUACACGGCGAAGAGAAAUGACAUGGCGAGAAACCUCACACAACGAAAAAAAAACAACAACAAAAAGUACUAAAAAUGGUGUCAGAGGUUGGGUGAGCAGGGAUUAACGGACGGGGGUGUGAAUGCUUCCAGGGUGUUGUUGAGAUGCCCUGUGACACUUGUUGUGGAAUCCAGAAAUAAUUCAAGAACGGUAAUUGCAUAAUCUUUGUUCUAGUUACCAACUGGUUACUUCCCGUUGUGUGACUUUUGCCAUGAUUUAUAUUUUCGGAUGGGACAUUUGUUUGUUAUAUUUUUAUUUCCUGACUCAGUGAUGGCUUUAUUCUGAAGCAAGGUUCAGCAAUGAAGCCAGUAUGUCUUAAGACAUUUUCCAAAUCAUCAGCGAAGAAGCCACUAGGGAGGUCUUGCGUUCAACUUUUGAUCUUUCACCUGCUCCUGCCCACCGUCUCGUCCCUGGACCAGCAUAGCCCAGUCCUUAAGUCAGCCAUUUCUUUGCGACACGACAAAGAGGAAAUCACUAACGAGACUCUGAGCAUGCUUUCCGCCAAGAUCAUCGAAGACGGGGAUGUGAUAUUCGGCGGCCUCUUCCCGAUGCACGAGCAGAGCCUGCACAAGUCACACUGCGGGAAACUGAAGCGAGAGAAAGGCAUCCAACGGCUGGAAGCCAUGUUGUACGCCGUGGACAUGAUCAACGCCGACCCGAAGCUCCUCCCAGGGCUGAAGAUUGGCCUUCACGUGCUGGAUACUUGCAGCGACGAUACCUACGCUCUGGAGCAGUGCAUGGAUUUUAUCAAGGCCCAGAUGUCCAACAUUGACAAGGAUGACUACGUAUGCACGGACGGGAGUAUCCCCCAGCGACCCCUCCUCAAACCCGUGGCCGGGGUCAUCGGAGCCGCCUCCAGUCCAGUAUCGAUAAUGGUGGCUAAUAUAUUGAGACUGUUUAAGAUUCCUCAAAUUAGCUACGCCUCUACCAGCGCCGACCUCAGCGACAAGACUAGAUUUGAGUACUUUUCAAGGGUGGUCCCACCGGAUAACUAUCAGGCUCAAGCCAUGGCGGACACCGCCCGUGCCUUAGGCUGGACCUAUGUCAACACGCUGGCCGACUCGGGGACGUAUGGUGAGAAAGGAAUUCAAGCCUUCGUGGAAGCCACCAAGAACUCAGGCCUGUGCAUCUCCCGAGCAGAGAGCAUCCCCCGGGGAGCAGACGACAACCGGCUGAGGUUGAUUGUGGACAGCCUUCUGAAGGGCGAGAACAACGCGAAAGCGAUCAUGAUGUUUGCUAAUGAAGAUAACUCCAGGCGUGUGGUCCAAGCUAUCAGCAGGCUGAAUAAAACGGACUCUGUCUAUCUCUUGGCGAGUGACAGCUGGGGCGCCAAGGUCCAUCCUGUGUACAGGCAAGAGGCUGACGCUGAAGGCACAGUGACCAUCCUGCCCAUGAGGAGCAUGAUCCCAGGAUUUGAUGAAUACUUUCUGAAUCUAACUGUGAACCAUACAAGGAAUCCUUGGUUUAAAGAGUUCUGGUCAGAGAUUUUCAAUUGUACCAUUGACAACUUUCACAACGGAGCCAAGGCUUGUACUGGUAACGAAAGCUUGAAGAACUGGAAGGACUACAAUCAAGAAGGUCUUGUCCAGUUCGUCAUUGACUCGGUCUACGCCCUGGCUCACGCGGUCAACGAUAUGCUGGCCGCCUACUGCACCGACGGAUUCGUUAGAUGUCCGAUUCUCAAACAGCUUUCGGGUCCAGUGUUUCUGCAGUUCAUCCGAAACGUUUCGUUUGUUGGUGUCAGCGGUGACGAGGUCAAGUUCAACACCAACGGCGACAGUCUCGGCCGUUACGACAUCUUCCAGUUCCAGAAGGUCAACGAUGAGUUCAAGUACAUCAAAGUAGGAGAAUGGAUCGACAGACUGUACCUGAAUAAGUCCAGCAUGCGAUGGAAGAAUGGUUCAACUGACAUUCCGAGGUCCAUCUGUAGUGAGCCCUGCUCCUUUGGUCACGCCAAACUGUCCAGUAGUGACUGCUGCUGGAACUGUGUCCCAUGCAAGGAAAAUGAAUACUUGCCAGACGAGACUCAGUGUCUGCCUUGUCCAACAGACUCCAGGCCCAACGCAACACUAACCGGAUGUGAACGACUGCCAGUGGUCACCCUGGUGCCGGCCAGUCUGUGGUUUAUUCUACCAGUGGCCUUCUCUAUAGCUGGAGUGUGUUGUACCAUCUUCGUGUUUGCCGUUUUCCUGGUGUUCAACAAGACUCCACUCAUCAUGGCCUCAGGGAGAGAACUCUGCUAUAUACUGCUCUUUGGAAUCGCUCUCUCGUACUGCACCUCAGUGGCAAUGCUGGCUCGCCCCUCUGUACUGACCUGCGCCAUCAGACGACUGGGUCUCGGAGUCUCCCUCUGUUUUGUCUACGCCGCCAUCUUAACGAAAACCAAUCGGAUAUUUAGGAUUUUUUCUGUCGGUAUAAAAGCGAUGGUCAAGCGUCCAAGUUAUACCAGUCCCAAGUCUCAAAUAUUUAUCUGUUCAGCCCUGGUCUCUGUACAGAUCGUAGGGGCGUUCACCUGGAUAGGGUUCGAGAAGCCCAGCGUGGUCUACGUCACACACGAGAAGGACACCCUGGUGCUGAAGUGCAGGGCCAGCCAGAUAGCCACCAUCGUCUCGCUCUUCUACAACAUCUUCCUCAUCAUCCUGUGUACGGUGUACGCAUUCAAAACCCGCAAGAUCCCGCAGAACUUUAACGAGGCCAAGUACAUUGCUUUCACUAUGUACAGCACAUGCAUUGUUUGGUGUGCCUUCGUUCCGAUUUAUUUCGGAGCUAACCACGACUUCAAGAUCGAGGUUACCUCCCUGUGUAUGUGUGUUAACAUUAGCGCUACGGUUGCCCUGUUCUGUCUGUUUGCGCCGAAAGUUUACAUUGUGUUGCUGCAGCCUCACAAAAAUAUCCGCCAGACGUCCUCGGCGUCACUUUCGGCCAGCAGCAAGACCGCUCGCACCUUCUACGACCCGUCCACCGCUUCCACGGGGAUAGGAUGCAGCGGCGCCGUCCCGCCCUCCUCCUGCCUGUACAACGACCUAAACGGUGGGGUAUACUGCGGGGAGAUCCCCAGCGAGCCCCCGCUGCCUCCGCCCUCCAGGGAGAGGAAGAAGAACAGCGUCCAGGUGGUGCUUACCAACUCCUCCGGGGGCGUAGUCAUCACCACCACCACCACCGCAGCGCCCAUCACCAGCUCCGCUGGGGCGGAGAGGCACAGCGGGGAGCUGGCAGUGGACGAAGAGAUAGAACAGAUGGUCCUGGAUGACCCUGACGCGAGUGAUGGGCCCCACGUUCAGCGGCACCACGGGGGAAGCGUCGUCCUCUUCACCAACGUCAUGGGCGGACUUAAUGAAACGGAGGACAGUAGCUCGAGCUGUGACGAGUCGUCUCCCGUGAAGAUCGUUUCAUUAGACAUCACGUGACCAUCGAUACAGCAUUAGCUAUCAAAUCAAUAACAAUACACUUUCCUUCGUUACAUAUCACUGUGUCCGUUUAUCGAACUUUCGAUAACAACAUCUAUUCCAUGUGCGGAUCGAUAUAAUUCUGUAUCAGUAACUUAUAGAGCUAUCCAAGCGUAAUUUGACAAAACGCUAAGUAAUUGGUACACCAUAUACUAAGUAACUGGUACACCAUGUAAGUAAUUGCUUGAUGGUAAAAGUGUACAUAUACAUGAGUAAACACUAACUAGGCGCAGUAAAGUAAUGGCAGCUAAUAAGAAGGAUUAUAAAUAUAAAAAUUAGCAAGGACAAAGCAAGAACCAUCAUUUUUAUCUGUCCCUUGUGUUCCUCGUGGAAAAUAGGGCCCUCAGUAAAACCACCCACUCUCCACAGUCCCUUGCUAGUCUUUUAAUGACAUCCCAUCUGUUCCCUGUCCUCUCGGCCUCGU